GUUUUGGACGUUAACUUGCCCUCUCCGUCAAUCAUUUUCUCAAGACCACGUUAAGUAUAGCAGGGAGAUACAAAGCGAAGGUGGGCCACACCACACAAAACAGUGGGAAUCCAAUGCCUACCAUUGGAAACUUUGUGGUGCAAGAGAAAUUUUGUAUGGGGAUGAUAUUUGUAGCUAUAGUUUAUUGGAAUGGUAAUAACCCUAUGAACGGUUUGGAUGGCAUACAAACAUCAUGCUUGGCUCUAGAAGGUUUCAACUGUGGGCUUUUUUGUUGUAACUGUUUCAUGUGAUGUGGCCCACCUGAGUUUUUGGUCUGCACUAUUUUUUGGAUAUCUGUUGUAUUGUGGUCUUGUGAAAGUGAUGGACAGAGUGGAUGUGGAUUUGUCACGGGCAUAUCUAUGGGCGCCACAUAGCUUCCGACCACAGGAACUUUCAGUGGCCGGCUCGGUUUCUGGACUCAUGUAAUGAAAUGAGUUGACCAAAUGGAUAGGUGACGUAGAUGUCUCCAGGAGAACAUGGCGGUGACGUCUUUCCCACCAAUUGACGAAUUUACACUCGUAGAAGAUCAUGACGCAAACACGUGCAACAAAUCAGAGCUUUCUAUCAGGUGACAUGAAUUGACCGAAUACAUGCCGUAGAAGAUCCGCAGAUGAGCACGUGUUGCAAACCUGAGACUCCCAUCCGGUGGGCCACAUGGUUUCAAUCAGCUGCGCUAGGUAACUGAAUGUUUCACUUAUAAAAUGGGCCAUUGCUCGGAACAAAUUUAGAGGGCUAGAAGAAACGCUGUAGCCCACCUGGUUAAUGAAACGGACGUGGAUUAGGUACUACGAGAGACUGCCGUGAUGUAUGGAUUUCAUCCACACCUUUCCGUCCAUUUUUUAUUUCAUAUAAUUUUAAAUUAUGAACCCCAAAAUAAGGAAGAUUCAAUGCUCGAGUAGACCACACAGUGGAGAUUAAAUUCAUACCAUUAAGAAAUUCUUGGGGACCAUGGAAGUUUUGAAUUAAGAUGAUAUCUGUUUUUUCACUUCAUGGGGGUGUAUAUGACCAUAUCAACAGGUUUGAUGGCAAAGAAACAACACCGCGGGCCUUAAGAAGGUUUAAAUGGUGGGUAUUUUAGCACCGCUGCUUCCUGUGGUGUGGUCUACUGGAACCUUGGAUCUGCCGUAAAUUUUGGGCUAAUAAUAAAAAAUGAUAUGGAAAAAAUGGAUGGACGGUGUGGAUAAAAUCCAUACAUCAUGGUAGCCCCUCGGUCCCAAGCUCUGAAGAGGCAGGGGUAGUACGUAAUCCACGGGCAGUGGGGUUCAUAGAAAGUAAAGUUGACUUGAUAUUUCGGCCGGUUGGGAUAACUUUGAAGACGCGAUUUGAUAUUUUAAUAGUAUUUAAUGAAUAAUUGUUGGAAAUAGAACAAGUAGACUCCCAAUGGGACAGCUUGAAAUCUCGUCUGAGUCGACCCACAGAGUUUUACAACUAUUUGCUAGGGUUCACCUGGUGAGCACCUGGCUCGCUCCAAUCCUGCACGCCUGCUCCUAGGUUGCACGUGCCAGGAGAUUCCUCUUUCAAACAGUGGAAAAUGACGCAAAAUAUCCGUGGAAAAGCUCAUCAAAAGAAAACGUGCGCCAUAUGCUUAGGCAGCAUGAAACCUGGUCAAGGACGCGCCCUUUUCACAGCUGAGUGCUCCCACUCCUUCCACUUCAGCUGCAUUGCCUCCUGCAUCAAGCACGGCAACCACCUCUGCCCCAUCUGCCGCUCCCACUGGAAUGAAAUCCCCUGCCAAGCCCCCGUCAUUGUCUCCUCUGAACCUACUGUUGCCCUGUCCCAAUCCAACAGCCGUGCUCGUGUUAGCCCUCUCGACAAUGUCCACCAUGCUCUCCAAUCCACCCUACCCCAUCACCAGCACCUCCUUCACACUAUAUCACUGUCCGAACCUCCCCACUUCGACGAUGAUGAGCCCCUCCUUACCCCCACCCUGUCCAUGAUCAACCCCUCAUUGCAAUGCCAAGAUGCAACAAUCAAUGCCUUCCCCGAAUUCCCAGCAGUCCCGGCCUCCCAGUCCUGUCCUGGGUUCACUGUCCUAGUCAGCCUCCGUGCCCCACCCCCCUGUCAUCAAGACCGCACCCCGAUAGACCUCGUCAUGGUGGUUGAUGUCAGCGCAAGCAUGGCGGGCAUCAAGCUCACACUCCUCAAGCGCGCCCUUGUGUUUGUCAUCCACCACCUUGGCCCUACUGACCGUAUCUCUGUUGUCUUCUUCUCAUCAUCUGCGUGGCGGCUCUUCCCCCUCUGCCGGAUGACUGACGAAGGCCGGGACAGAGCAAUCCAGGCUAUCAAUUCACUGAGGCCAGGUGGGGGGACCAACAUUGUUGAAGGACUGCGGAAAGGCGUCCGGGUUCUUGAGGAGCGGCAGCAGAAGAACCCCGUCUCAAGCGUCAUCCUCCUCUCUGAUGGCAGGGACACGCACAACACUGAUAACAGCAAUCCUCGCCGGAACACACAGACAUGGGGUUUGAAUUCAGAGCGUGUAUUGGACUACCUGAACUUCUUGCCGCCUUCCAUCCGUCAUGGCAAUCAUGACAGCAUUGGGGCCCAUGGGCACCCAAUACCUGUCCACACAUUUGGGUUUGGCACUGACCAUGAUGCGCCAGCCAUGCACGCGAUUUCAGAUGUAUCAGGCGGCAUGUUUUCUUUCAUAGAGGCCGAGUGUGUCAUACAGGAUGCCUUUGCUCGGUGCAUUGGAGGCCUACUCAGUGUCGUGGUCCAGGAGCUGCGGCUCACCCUGAGUUCGGCUUCAUCCGGUGUUGUCAUUGACAGGGUACCUGCAGGGAACUACUUGAGUGAAGUCUCUGAUCAGGGCCGGCAUGCCAUCGUCAAAGUUGGAGAUUUGUAUGCUGAUGAGGCGAAAGAUUUCCUUGUCCAUGUCUCAGUUCCUUUCCAUUCGUCUGAGAGUGGGCCUGAUGUGAUCACACCGCUGUUGACCAUCCGGUGCUCAUACAAGCACCCAUUGUCACAGGAAACAAUACAGGUAGAGGGUGAAAUGGUAAAAAUCCACCGCCCGACGAGUCCAACAUCUGAAGAUCAGAUGGUGUGCUUGGAGGUGGACCGACAGCGGAACCGCUUGUUGGUAGCAGAAGCGAUCGCUGAGGCACAAGCAUUGGCUGAGGAGGGUAAUUUUGAGAAGGCGCAGAUGGUGCUUGCGAACCGAAGGCUGAUGCUCUUGGCUUCAGCAUCGGCCCAAGCUGGGGAUCUGCUCUGCAAUUGGCUUGAAGCCGAGCUGAAGGAGAUAAGGGAGCGGAUGGCGAGCCAGGAGCUGUAUGAAGAGUCAGGCCGGGCUUAUGUACUGUCAGGCUUGAGCUCGCACUCGUGGCAACGGGCCACGACCAGGGGAGAUACGACAAUCCUGGUACCUGCAGCCAGGGACACCCAUGGGCUGAGCAUGAGUGGCCCAAUUGGGUAUGAGACACCGUCAAUGGCGAACAUGGUGACGAGAUCACAGACCCUUAAUUUUUUCGUGCCAGAGCAGGAGCCGGUCGGGACGCUGCACCGGUCAUGCAGCUUGAAUCCACGGUGAUGCUGGUGAUCCAAUAGGUCCUCUAGUUUCUUGUUGGAUUGGACAUGAAUGAGUUUUGGAGGGUGUUGUAUAUGGCAAUGGCAGUAGCAGUAGCUGUAUUAAAAUGGAAUUUCUCACUCUGUUUUUAGUGUAUGAUUGAUUUUGUUAGUUUUUUAGGGCAACUCAAUUCUAAGGGAAGGAUUUGCUA